AUGGGACUGCAGCGAGGACACGGCUGCGGGCCGGGGUCGGUGGUGGCCUUGCACUCCUUUACCAAGGUGGAGCUGCUGGAGGGACUGCUGUCUUACGCGGGCUAUGAGGAGAUCAAGCCCGAGGGGGCUACUGACGCAGGCAUGUUCUACACCUAUUUCCCGAGGCUGGGCGAAACUCUUGAGACGCCCAAGCCGGACUCGCCUGUGGUCAUCUGGAUGAACGGUGGGCCAGGCUCUUCCUCGCAGAUCGGCAGCUGGACUGAGAUCGGCCCUGUCGAGUGCGUCAAUGGCACGGACGGCAAGCAGGCCCUCAAGCCCAGAGAGCCGGUCACGGGCGUUGGGCUGUCUUUCACCGUACCCAACAACCUGACAGUCAACUCGACCAUCACAGCAGGCAAGCACUUCGUCCAAUUCUUCACGCAGCUGUUCGAGGGCAGCCUGGCGCCCCUCAAGAGCAACCCCCUCUACAUCGUGGGGGAAAGCUUUGGUGGUCACUACGCACCUUACUUCACGUGGCUGCUGGCCCGCCAGGGGGUGCGCAUCAGCGGGAUGAUGAUCGUGGAUGGCUGGAGCUAUCCUGAGGUGCAGAGCCAGUACUACGCUGCUUUCCUGAGAAGCUGGGGGGUGGCGGCAGGCGCGACUGUCGACCGCGUGCUCGGCCAGCAGGCCAACGUUGCACUCACCAUCCGGCAGGGCAAUCUGGAGGCUGCUUCAGGACUGUUCGACGAGGUGACCGGGGACAACUACCCCGGCGAGGGCCGAGACCCCUUCGAAAUCUGGAUGAACAACAACAAGAAGGCCUUGGGAGCACCAGACUUCGCCAACUUUAGUUCGGGCAACGAGAUCAUCUACAACGCCUUCAAGCAGGACAUCCCCCGCAGCUACGCCGACUACGUGGCCGAGGUGGCCGGGCAGAUGCCCGUGCUGGUGAUCAACGGGCAGCUGGACUACAUCGUGAACACUGAGGGUGUGAUCAACGAGCUGGAGCUGAAGGGGCUGAUUGACGGGCAGGGAGGCCCGUGGCGGCUGGAUGGACAGAUGGCAGGACGCGUGUACAAGGGCAAGCUGACACUGGCAGUGGUGAACCUGGCAGGACACACAGUGCCAGAGUACCAGCCAGGCCCUGCGCGGGACGCGAUCCGACACCUGCUGUCGAACAGCAGCGACUGGGACAAUUGA